AUGAGCUGGGCCGGCGUAUAUCGUCAUCUUGCGGGCCAGGGUGUCGAGGAAGAUGAGGAUGGAACUCCUCCAUCCAGGACCAUCGGACGUCUGCUCGACCCUUCUCGGAACCGCCAGCGCAACGCGGAAGCCCGCCUGAGCCGCUCAAUCGGGGCCCGCGAGGCGCGGCGGCCCCGAGGAGAGACCAGACUAGACCAGACCAUGCACCGCGAGAUGCUGGAUAUUGGAUAUUGGGCGAGACCACCCGCUCCCCUCCCCCUCCCCCCAGUGACGGGCGCUGCAUUGCUGAACACGCUGGACGUGGGUCCGGCGGGCACGCUGAUUUGUGCAUCGGACGCAUCGGUGGAUCGCGUGCGCAAUCUGGGAACAGACGGCGACGGCGAGGACGUGAAGAUGGGUGGUCAACCCAAGGACCAGAUCGCCUGGUUCCCGACGCCACGGCACCGGUGGACAAGGCAGACGCCCUGCAAACGCAUGCGAGCCUUUCGUCAAAGCACGUCGAGCACUGAUGCGAGAGAGCCGGUGCGAGGACACGGCGUGCCCGUGCAUCCCAUCGGCCAGAAGGUGGGCACUGGGCAGUAG